UGGAAUAAAGAAACAUUACAAUGUUCUAAAAUCGAUUAUUAUUAACUUAUUGACAAUAGUUAACUAAGAAGUAGAAGAAUGAAAAGAAAAAUUGGUAUCUUACAUAAAAAAAAUGUGGAAAUUCCCAGCUUUGAUGAUCAUCCUCGCUUCUACUCUUCUUUUUCAUCAGACUCUCAAAGUUGUUAACGGCGCCAGGUGUUUUGGAAGCUUAGCCGGCAACAGCAGCUACGUUAAGAAUCGCCGCGAUCUUUUCUCUACUCUUGCUAAUAAAGUCGUCACAAACAGCGGAUUCUACAACGCUUCACUCGGCAGUUAUCCCAACACAGUUUACGCUCUUGGCUUCUGUGAAAAAUACUACGAGCAAAAAGCUUGUUUCCGUUGUCUCGAAAGCUUGACUCUGGAUACACAAACGAGCUGUGGAAACAUCACGAACUCGUUCGUUUGGAGCAGUGACGAUGAAGACCGUUUUUGGUGUCUUGUUCGUUCCUCAAACCAAUCUUUCGGGAGCUUCGAGCUCAUACCUCCUUUAAUAGAGGCAAAUCCAGAUCAUAUUGGGCAAUCUGUCGACAUGAACCUUUUCAUGCAACAGUGGGAGUCAACGGUUAAUAUGACCCUCGAGGCUGCCACAAAACCUGAUAGUUCCUUGGUACAUAAGUACUAUAGUGUCGUUAAAGCCGAGUUCACGGACUUUCCAAAUGUUUACAUGCUGAUGCAAUGCACACCCGACAUAACGUCCCAAGAUUGCAAACACUGUUUGGGAGAUUGUGUGGGAUACUUUAGAGAACAGUUCCGGGGAAGAAAAGGGGGCAUGGCUAGUCUUCCGAGCUGUUUAUUCAGGUGGGAUCUGGAUUCUUUCCAUAGUUCUUUUGGUAAUGUUACGAGGUUUCCUGUGAUCCAUCGACCUCAGGCUCCGGAAAAGGGGAGAUCUAUACCAGAUAAGAAAGGAAGAAGGAUGAAUACGGGAAUUAUCACGAUAAUUGUGGUUCUUGCUUUCAUUAAUCUUUUGGUAUUUGUUGGUUUCUACAAAGUAAAAGCUCGGAGGAGAAAAUUAAACAAGGCAAUAAAUGUUGGUUGUGCAGAAUACUCUAAUUCAGAUGGUCAAUUUAUGUUACGGUUCAAUCUUGAUAUGAUCUCAAUGGCAACAGCUGAUUUUUCACCUGAAAAUAAGCUUGGCCAAGGUGGAUUUGGUACGGUCUAUAAGGGGAUAUUACUAAACGGGAAAGAGAUAGCGGUGAAGAGAUUAACCAGAGGUUCAGAAGGAGGUAUAGAGUUUAGGAAUGAGGUUUCAAUCUUGACAAGACUCCAGCAUAAGAAUCUGGUUAAGCUUCUUGGUUUCUGUAAUGAAGGAGAUGAAGAGAUUCUUGUCUACGAGUUUGUCCCCAACUCAAGUCUUGACCGCUUUAUCUUCGAUGAAGAGAAGCGUUCGCUUCUUACAUGGGAAGUGAGGUUAAAAAUUAUAGAAGGCAUUGCUCGAGGUCUUGUUUAUCUCCAUGAAGAUUCUCAGCUCAAGAUCAUUCACCGAGACUUGAAGGCAGGCAACAUUCUUUUAGAUGCAGAGAUGAACCCUAAAGUUGCAGAUUUUGGGACAGCUAGGCUCUUUGACACUGAUGAGACUCGAGAUGAAACUAAACGAAUAGCUGGAACCCGUGGAUAUAUGGCUCCUGAAUACCUGAAUUAUGGGCAGAUAUCAGCCAAAUCUGAUGUAUAUAGCUUCGGUGUUGUGCUUCUAGAGAUGAUAAGUGGCCAAAGAAAUAAUAGCUUUGAAGGAGAAGGAAUUGCAGCUUUUGCACGGAAGAGAUGGGCUGAAGGAAGGCCUGAGGUUAUAAUUGAUCCUUUAUUGGUAGAGAAUCCGAGUAACGAGAUAAUAAAGUUGAUCCACAUUGGUCUGUUGUGUGUUCAACCAAAUGCAACAAAAAGACCAACUAUGAGCACUGUAAUAGUUUUGCUUGGUAGUCAUUCCCAAUCUGAAGAUGAUACAAUGUCAGUGAGCAAUGUUUUCACGGAGUUGAGUUGUCGUUAAGUUAAAACUGUUAAUGAUUAAUCUGUCUGUUGUUCUUAAGGUAGUACCAAAUGUUCUAAUUGUAUUGAAUAAGAAAGAAAGUAGCAAUAAUUAAGAAUAUAUACAAUCCUGAGUUCUAGUCUUCUAGAAACAUCUACAGAGGAAAGAAUGGAUUGCUAGAAGCUGAAAAGAGAAACUUUUAGUCGAUGUUUUGCAACAGUCUGGUAACAAUGUUAUUGUAGAUUAUGGAGUAUUGACAUGUGGUUCUGUUUUCUCA